AUGCAGACUAGUGACCCUGACCUUUGUGUUUUGCAGUUAGUGAAGACAGCAGAUCUCGACCCUCGACAAAACUAUGUGGUAGGUUUCCACCCUCAUGGUGUUCUGGUGGCUGGAGCCUUCACCAAUUUCUGUACAGAGGCCACUGGGUUCCCUGAGCUGUACCCCGGGAUUACACCAUACCUGCUGAUGUUACCCCUCUGGUUCAGAGCGCCAUUCUUUAGAGACUACAUUAUGGCUGGUGGACUGAUCCCCUCUGACAAAGAAAGUGCUUCCUAUUUGCUGAAGAACAAGAAGGGUGGAAACGCCAUAGUCAUUGCAGUGGGUGGAGCACCAGAGUCACUGGACGCGCGACCUGGUGCUUUUACAUUGCUACUAAAAAACAGGAAAGGAUUUAUCAGGCUGGCAAUACAACAUGGGGCUUCCUUGGUUCCAGUGUUUUCCUUUGGGGAAAAUGAGCUCUUUGACCAGGUGGAUAAUCCCAAAGGCUCCUUCCUCAGAAAAGUGCAGGAGAAGAUGCAGAAGAUCAUGGGGGUGGCUUUGCCAUUGUUCCAUGCUCGAGGAGUUUUUCAGUACAGCUUUGGAUUGAUUCCCUAUCGGAGACCAAUUCACACCAUUGUUGGAAAGCCGAUCAAAGUGACAGAAAAUGCGACCCCAUCGGAUGAAGAGGUGGACAAGCUGCACAAGCUCUACACGGAGAAACUGAGUGAAGUGUUUGAGGAACACAAGACUCAAUUUAACGUCCCAGCUGACAAACAUCUAACCUUCAUAUAA